AUGCAAGCCUCAUAUAACAAUUAUGGCUACUACAACUACAACACCCCAAAAACCACUCCCAAAAGUGCUCCCAAGAAUAUCAUGAACGUAAUAGACUCGUGUUGGCGUGGCAAGUCCAGUUGGGCAAACAAUCGCCAAGCCUUGGCCAACUGCGCAAAGGGUUAUGGUAAAGACGCCUUGGGAGGGAAAUAUGGGAGAAUCUACACCGUCACAAACCCGUCCGACGACCCGGUGAACCCGAAACCCGGCACUCUUCGUUACGGCGUGAUCCAAACGAAGCCGCUUUGGAUUGUUUUCGCCAAGGACAUGGUCAUUAAGCUCAAGAAUGAGCUGAUUGUGAAUAGUUAUAAGACCAUAGAUGGGAGAGGGGCUAAUGUGGAGAUUGCGUACGGACCAUGCAUAACGGUACAAGGGGUUAGCCAUGUGAUCAUACAUGGGAUUAGCAUCCAUGAUUGUAAGCCUGGCAAGCCCGGCAUGGUUCGGAGCUCACUGACGCAUGUCGGGAACCGCGGUGGGUGCGACGGCGAUGCCAUUAGCAUUUUCGCUUCUUCCCACGUUUGGAUUGACCAUUGCUUUCUCUCACGUAGCAGCGAUGGGCUCAUUGAUGUGAUUCACGCUUCUACUGCUGUCACUAUUUCUAACAACUUCUUUUCUCAGCAUGAUAAGGUAAUGCUGCUUGGACACAGUGACAAAUUUACCGCUGAUAAAACAAUGAAGGUCACAAUAGCCUUUAACCGCUUUGGUCCUGGACUUAUUGAAAGAAUGCCAAGGGUGAGAUUUGGGUAUGCCCACGUGGCGAACAAUAGGUACGACCAGUGGAAGAUGUAUGCCGUUGGUGGCAGUGCAAAUCCCACAAUUUUCAGCGAAGGGAACUACUUUGUGGCUCCUACGAAUAGUGGUGCCAAAGAGGUUACCAAAAGAGAGGCGGUUAAUAAAGGUUGGAAAAAUUGGAAAUGGAGAUCCUCAAAGGAUGUGUUCCAAAACGGUGCUUAUUUUGUUCAAUCUGGAUGGGGAACUUGUUAUCCAUAUUACACUCCAUCUCAGUCAUUUCCGGUUGCUCAAGGCUCCAUGGUUCCCGCUUUGACUUCCAAUGCUGGUCCUCUUCCUUGUGUUGUUGGUAAACCAUGUUAG